AUGAUGAAUCUGAGAAAGCAUGCUAUAGAACUCUUUGGUAGAACUAUCAAGCAGCAGGACAUUGUGGGCCAUUUUGACCCAGUCACCAUGAUGGAUGUUGACAGGAUCUUAGGAUCUGUGAAGGUUAAAAAAGAAGUUGGAGAUGUUAAUAUUCUAGUCAACAAUGCAGGUGUUUUAAUUGGAAAGAAUUUCCUUGAUAUUCCAGACAGUAAAAUGGAUGAAACAUUGGAUGUGAACUUUAAGGCACAUUUCUGGACUUGCAAAGCCUUCUUACCAUCCAUGAUUGCCUGCAACCAUGGACAUUUGGUUAGUAUUGCGAGUCAAGCAGGAUUGAUUGGGUCCAAUAAACUCUCAGACUAUUCUGCAAGCAAGGCAGCAGCAAUUGGAUUUUUGGAGACAGUUGCUUUUGAAUUACAGGCUGCAGGAAAGAAAGGCAUUAAAACUACUAUUGUCUGUCCAUAUUAUGUGCAUACAGAUCUUACUAUUGGUGUAAAAACAACACGGCCCUGUCUUCUUCCAAUCUUGGAUGUAGAGUAUGUUGGCAGGACAAUUGUGGAUGGUAUUCGGAAGGACAAGUUUUAUUUGUUUCCAUUGCCAAUUACAACCUUUUCUGUUCUAAAAGUAUUUCUUCCUAGAAAAGCACUUUUCCUUCUGGCAGAGUAUGUUGGACUCUAUGAAAACAUGGCUGAGUUCAAAGGUCGCAGUGCCAAGAAAGGGAACAAAAAUGACUGAUACAAAGCCAGCCUGGUAUAGUGCUUUGAGUGUCAGACUACAGUGUGUGGGAGCAAGGUUUGAAUCCUCUCUGCCAUGGAAGCUCACUGGGUGACUUGGGGCCAGUCACUCUCUCUUGGUCUCGCCUGCAUUACAGGGUUGCUGUGGGGAUCAAAUAGAAAAGGGGAGAAUAAUAUUGCAAGCUGCUUUGAACCCUAAUGUGGGGCAUAAACAUCAAUUAUUUCCAUAGAUAAUGCAUAUUGUGCUAAUAUCAGGCUUCUUACUUCAAUAAUACUACUGUUUCUUGGUAACUGGCAUCAUUACUUGGGGGUGGUCUGUUUUAAAUAUUCAUUUGUAACAUCUUUCCUUUGUCUUUCGCUUGCUAUAUAAACACUUGAUCAUUAUACACACAUAGAUGAUCACUACUAAAGAAAAUAA